AUGACUUUUCCAUCGGUACGCUAUGCAGCUCUGCUGCAGGACGAUCCCGAAGACAGCAGUCUACAGCCACCGGAACAAGAAGGAAGCGGUCUCGAGUUUGGAGUACCGGAGGGGACAUUCGACAGCGCUUUCACUUACGCCAAUUAUAAUGAUCUGGAUCGUAUGGGUUAUGAAGCACCACCACGUUUUGGUAACACAAGCACUCAUGGCAGUCGAUACAGCGGUUUCACCUACACCAAGGUGUUCGACGACGAGGAGAAGGAGGUGGGACCCAUGAACAUCGUUGAAAUAGUCAUCUACGUCAUCAGUGUGAUGGUCCUUCUGUUUACUUUACCAUUUUCGCUGCUGUUCGCCAUGAAGUUCGUUUCGACUAGCGAAAAGCUCGUAGUUCUACGUUUGGGACGAGCGCAGAAAACGCGAGGACCAGGCGCUACGAUAAUUGUGCCCUGCAUUGACACCACCUACAAAAUCAGCACCACUAUUACAGCCUUCAAUGUACCACCGCUUCAAAUAAUUACAAUCGAUCGUGGCCUGGUGGAGUUAGGAGCGACGGUAUUUCUACGAAUACGAGAUCCAGUCUCAGCUGUUUGCGCCAUACAAGACCGCAACACAUCCACGAGAACUCUCGCAAACACUAUGCUUUAUCGUUAUAUCAGUAAAAGACGAAUAUGUGAAAUUACGAACGGUCAUGAACGGAGAAUUCUCGCCGCUACACUCAAAGACGAACUUGGCAGUUUCACGGCUACCUAUGGAGUGGAGAUCACAGACGUUGAAAUUUCCGACGUUAAAAUCUUGAAGGAAGGCGAGAACAUGGGGCUGGCCGCUCUAAGCUCAGUCGUGAAAUCUGAUGCGGGAGCAAAAUUGUGGGAGGUGAUUGCUCCUCAUGUGGAGGAGUUUGCCCGGUCAGUAAAAAGUCAAUCCUCAACCGAUAAGCCCGGAGAACCAAUGGAUCCCGGAGGGCCAUCCCCUGAAUCGAACGCCACCAACGAGACGUUGAUCGAUAUCGAACAAACGAACGACGAUAAUCCAGAGAUCGAUGAAGACCGUCUGAUCACCGUCAUCAAUAUGGCGAUCGAUGAGCAACUGACAAAAGCUAUCGGCAGUGUAUUCCAGAUUAGCUGCCCGGAUACACAACCGAUAGUUAUUGAUCUGAAGCAUCCGCCUGGAUCGUGUACCCGAGGGUCUCCUGUGCCGAACCCGGACGUCAUUUUUGAGAUGAGCCGUGCUGUUUUUUCGAAGAUCAUUACGCAACAGUUGUCACCGGUUACAGCCUACAUGCAAGGUUCGAUGAAGGUCUACGGUUCGCUACAAGACGCCAUUUCGUUUAGAUAUUUAGCUGAAAGGGUGAAACACCUUCUAUAG